GUCACUAUCCGCCCCUUCACUUCAUCAUUUUAUCCCUGGUUCUCAAAAUAGCUAGUAACUCCAUCCCAUUUCUCUUCAUCAUGGCUUCUCCUCUUCAUCUAGAUGGCUCAGAUGUCAAUAACAACUCUUCAAUCAAAGAUCUUGAAAACAUAGUCGAAGAUGUGGAGAUUCCAGUCAUCGAUUUCUCUCUGCUUACUGAAGGAACACCUGAUCAACGGUAUCUGGUUGUUCAGGAACUUGCCAAGGCCUGCGAAGACUGGGGAUUCUUUGUGCUUGUGAACCAUGGAGUACCUGAUAAACUGAGGAAUGCUUUAAUGGACACAUUCAAGGGAUUCUUCAACCUACCGCCAGAAGACAAACAGGAUUCCGCUGACACGCAUGCGAUGAAUCCUAUCCGAUACGGAACCAGCUUCAAUGCAAAGGUAGAUGAUAACAAAUACUGGAGGGAGUAUCUUAAAGUUAUGACACACCCAGAGUUUCACUGUCCUACAAAGCCUCCGCAAUUUAGAGAAGAACUGAAAGAGUACAGUGCAUGCAUAAGAGAGCUAGGAAAGAAAUUGCUUGGAGGGAUCUGGGAGGGUCUUGGACUAGACAAUAACUACAUGAGAGAGGCAUUAAACCUCGGCAAUUGCUUCCAAAUUGUCGUAGGAAACCACUAUGCUCCAUGUCCACAGCCGGAAAAGGCUAUGGGCUUACCCCCUCAUUCUGACCACGGCCUAAUCAGUAUCCUCUAUCAGAACGACGUCGAUGGUCUUGAAGUACAACAUGACGGUAAAUGGGUCCGUGUCAAGCCGUUACCCAACUCGUACCUCAUCAACACAGGUGACCAAAUGGAGAUUGUUAGCAAUGGCAAAUACAAGAGCAUUGUCCACCGAGCUGCGGUAAAUGAGAAGAGAGCGAGGAUGUCAAUUGUGACUGUUACAGGUCCAUCCUUGGACACAACUGUGGUCGCAGCUCCCCAGCUCGUCAGCGGCGAGAGCCCGGCAACAUUCCGAGGGAUGAAAUAUGGAGAGUUUAUGGAGUACCAACAGGGUCACGGCCUCCAGGAGAAAUCUGUUUUGAAGCUGUUGCGACUAUGAAUCUGAAUAUUACUACUACAGAUGUAUGUCUUAUACAUGAUCCCAUGAAUAUAUUUGAGUUGUGUAUAAACUUAUCUAUGUUGUAACCUUUAUCAACUUGUUUGAAUGAAAUUAAGGCAAAAACCUCAAGAACAGCCAAA